CGAGGCCGAGCUCCGGAAAGCGGGCAUCGCCCAGAGUGACAGUGUGGGGGCAUGGCUUUGCACCUGGGCAGGCUCAGCGCAGGCCCCUGCUGGCGCGCGGCUCGGGGCGGCUGCGGAGAGCUGCGCGCCUGGUCCCCGCGCUGCGCAGCCGGGCGCAUCUGCCGGCCGCCUGGCACAGCUGUCGCCGAGCAGAGCCGCGGGCUGGGGCGCGGUCCGGUGGCGAGGGGCGGCCCCUGGCUGGGGACCGGGCUGGCUGCGGCGCUGGCAGGGUUGGCCGGGCUGGCCGCCGCCGCCUUCGGGCACGUGCAGCGGGCGGAGAUGGUGCCUAAGAGCUCCGGCGUGCGGGGCCCUUCGCCUGGGAGGCCGGAAGAGGAGGACGAGCUGGCCCGUCGCUGCGCUUGCUUCAUGGCCGCGCCGGUGACCGACUUGCGCGAGCUGCGGAGGAGGCCAGGGGACAUGAAGACCAAGAUGGAGCUGCUGAUUAUGGAAACCCAGGCCCAGGUGUGCCAGGCGCUGGCCCAGGUAGAUGGGGGCGCCAGCUUCUCUGUGGACCGGUGGGAGAGGAAAGAAGGAGGUGGUGGCAUUAGCUGUGUACUUCAAGAUGGACGUGUUUUUGAAAAGGCUGGGGUGAGCAUCUCUGUCGUUCAUGGAAAUCUUUCUGAGGAAGCAGCAAAACAAAUGAGAAGCAGAGGAAAAAUCCUGAAGACUAAAGAUGGAAAAUUGUCAUUUACUGCUAUGGGCGUGAGCUCUGUUAUCCACCCCAAGAAUCCGCAUGCUCCUACGAUCCAUUUCAACUACAGAUACUUUGAAGUAGAGGAAGCCGAUGGUCACAAGCAGUGGUGGUUUGGUGGUGGGUGUGACCUCACUCCAACGUACUUGAACCAAGAGGACGCUGUCCAUUUUCACAGAACUCUGAAGGAGGCUUGUGACCAGCACAGUCCAGAGCUCUACCCCAAAUUUAAAAAAUGGUGUGAUGAUUACUUCUUCAUAGUCCAUCGUGGAGAACGGAGAGGCAUUGGCGGUAUCUUUUUUGAUGAUCUUGACUCUCCGUCCAAGGAAGAGGUGUUUCACUUUGUGCAGAGUUGUGCCCAGGCUGUAGUCCCUUCUUACAUUCCCCUUGUGAAAAAGCACUGUGAUGAUUCAUUCACCCCCCAGGAAAAGCUGUGGCAGCAGCUCCGAAGAGGACGGUAUGUAGAAUUUAAUCUGCUGUAUGAUCGUGGCACAAAGUUUGGCCUCUUCACUCCAGGAUCCAGGAUCGAAAGCAUCUUGAUGUCUUUACCUCUAACUGCCCGAUGGGAGUACAUGCAUUCACCUUCAGAGAAUUCCAAAGAAGCUGAAAUUCUGGAAGUUCUGCGCCAUCCAAGGGACUGGGUGCACUGAUGCAGGCAGCAUGGCUGAGCAGGGUGUGCAGGACACAAAAUGUGUGCCCUCCAAUGCCCCAUUCCACUGGCCAGCACCAUUGCCACCGUGUGGCAGUUAGUUACCUGUGCCUUAGUGAUCUGACCUUUGCCACUCUGCACCCCCGCUUCUGUGGCAAAUGGUAGGAUGCUUCGGAUGCUGUCAGGAGUGAGUGGUGAGAUGAUGGAUGGUCAGAGUCAACUGAUUCAAACUCGUUUGUACUUUCAGAAUCAUUUUAUAUGUCUAGUUUACAAGACAUGUCAUUGAGUUUCCAAGUAUUAAAAUAAGGGAAUAUAAAUUGAAUUAUAUGUAUCAGGAAACUCCAUAUCUUAUUUUUGUCAUGUGUGUUUUUUAAAGUUUUAGUUUCUGCCAUAAAUAACUCUUUAAUGUGAUACAUUUUAUUUUCAUCAAUUCAGUGAAGUUGAGACUUCUUAGUAAUUUACACAAAUUGAAGGUAAAAGUUUUAUUUUGUCAUUGCUGAAGUCUCUUUGGCGGUAUAAUCUUUGCAUACCUUUUGCUAGAAAACAUAAUAUUGUAAAGCAUAUCUUCUUUUUUAUGAUAGGUAUUUAGCACUUAAAAUGUUUUUAAUCUCUACGUGUGUUACAAUUCAGUGAUUACAUACAAUAGCGUGGAUGUAGUUUUUAAACUCUAAAUUUGCAUUAAUGUUAUUUAAAUUAGCAAUGUCUAAGUUACAAUUUUGAUUUUUGUAGAAUCAUCAUUUGCUAAUGUUGAGAUUCUUUGUACUUCUGAAUGUGAAAGCUUAUAUCCCUGGAUUCUGAUAUUUAAAAUUUUCUAUUCCAGACAUUUUUACAUGGAAGUGUAUACUAAGAACACUCCUAGGGAUGUCAUAAAUUUAAAAAAUGUUUCUCAUUUGGAAAAUGAAAUGAGAAAUAACUUCCCUCUUUAAUUAAAGCAGAUGUAAAUACUGUGAGAUGCAUGUAAACAUUUAUACAUAUAUUUCUUGGUAAAAUGGACAAUUGAGAUUGUAUUUUUCAUAUUAGAGAUUUUGCAACUCUUUAUUCUUGAGAGAAAAUCACAAGAUUCUUAAUGUAUGCCUCCUUGUUCAUAUAAUAAUAUGAAUGUAUCCUAUUUGAUUCAUAAUACGUUGAAGUUUGUAAGGAGUAAAAUCUCACACAUUAUUAAAGCAUUAUCCUGGAAUAUGUUGGAUGUAUGUGACUCUUUAGGGCUGGAAAAUGUAUGAAUUCUUCAGUGGUCUUAUAACAGAUAUGCUAAUAAAUUUUAUUUAUUAUGAAAUAAGA